AUGAAGGCUGCUCUCAUUCUCGCUGCGAUCGCGACGGCAGCGCACGCCAAGGUCGCUAGCUCCGUCUUGCGUGCCUUGGAAGUUGAUGGCGCCACGGACGUCUUUGUGCGCUUUGCCGACAACCCGUUUGAGGACGAGCUCAUCGACGGUGCCUCGCGCCAGGACGUGUACGACUACCUCACGGCGCGCUCGGAAGACGCCAAGAAGGCGCUGGAUGGCGUCACCGACGGCUUUGAGACGGAAACGUUCUGGAUCGUCUCGGGCACGAUCGUUAAGGCGGCGAACCAGGACGUGGUUGACAAGCUCGCAACGAACGGCGGGGUCAAGGCUAUUGAGCCCGUGCCUGUCUACAAGCUCGAGCCCGUGCUCAAGCAGACGCGCGCGGAAGCGGCCAUCGCGGCCAACGCUACCGUCCAGUGGGGUGUCCAGACCGUCGGCGCCCCCAGCGUGUGGAGCCGCUUCAACGGCAAGGGCGUCGUCAUCGGAUCGGUGGAUACCGGCGCCCGUCAUACGCACCAACUCAUCAAGGACUCGUGGCGCGCCGACCGUGGGUGGUUUGACCCGUAUCAGAAGACCAAGUUGCCCCAAGAUCUCAACGGCCACGGCACGCAUACGAUCGGCACGAUGGUCGGCAAGGACGGCUUCGGUGUCGCCCCCGGCGCGCAGUGGAUUGCAUGCCGCGGCUUGUACCAAGGUAGCGGCACGAACGAUGCGCUCCUCAAGUGCCUCCAGUUCAUGGUGUGCCCGACGCUCGCGGAUGGGACGCAGCCCGACUGCUCCAAGGGUGCCGACGUCAUCAACAACUCGUGGGGCGGGUCGGCGUACGACCCAAUCUUUGAAGAAGCCAUUGCCAACAUCCGCAAGGCUGGCAUCAUUCCCGUGUUUGCCAACGGCAACUCGGGCCCGGCCUGCGCUACGGUGGGGUACCCCGGCGGCUACAAGAAUGUGAUUUCGGUCGGCGCCAUUGGCUCGUACGACAACGAGCCCAACAAGCUCGCGUUCUUCUCGUCCAAGGGGCCUGCCACGUACCGAGACAAGAACGGCGUCCAGCAAAAGCUUGUCAAGCCGGCCAUCUCGGCCCCCGGCUUUUACACGCUCUCGGCGACCCACACGGGCGAUACGGCGACCGCGAGCUUGGCGGGCACGUCGAUGGCCGCGCCGCACGUCGCUGGUGUCGUCGCGCUCCUCAAGUCGGCCAACAAGGCCUUGACGUACGACGACGUCUACGCCUACUUGACCAAGACGGCCGACCGGGCGCUCGAGCCCGAGCCCGCCAAGUGGCUCAAGCGCGAGAAUGGCAAGGUUGUCGAGCUCAAGGGCGCGCCCAACUGCGGCGGCGUCAGCGACGCGUCGUGGCCCAACAACCGCUACGGUUUUGGCCGCGUCAACGUCGCCAAGAUCAUCAAGGACGGCCAGUUGAUCCCCUUGCCCUAAGUCGAGCGCAUCGCUUGUCUAUCGUG